AUGAAAUUACGCUUAAUCGCGAUUUUUCUUCUUUUUUCGGCUUUGGCUUUAGCGGGGGAUGUCGACUCGGUUAGUUGUCUUCAGCUUUUCGGAAAAAGAAUCUUGAAACUGCUUUAGUUCGUUCACCGCUUAGUUGAGGCAAUAUUCAACGAAGCUAUUUCCGUAAAUAGCCAAAAAAAUAGUUUGAAGAAAGAGUUUUGAAAUUGCUGUAGCAAUUUUCCUAACUAGCAGCGAAAAAAAUAAUAAAGUAAAUUGAAAAAUUAGUUUUUUUGAUGCCAGUUAAUGAAACAUCGCAUUUAUACAACUUUAUUUCAUUCAAAACACUGUCCGUUAGUUUUCUUUUCUUUUAUGUCAAAAAAUUUAGGAUUCUGAGGAAGACGCGCUCAUCGACGGCUACUUCAAGUCGUUGGACAACGUUCUAGUUAACGUUGGUUUUACUUUUUGUGUCAAAUGAACUUAAAAAAUAUGGAGUUUCGGCCGUAUAUUCUGUUUUUCACUUGCUUUCUCAAUCCGAAACCAUUUUGGAUCACGAUAAGUUAGGCUAAUUGGCCGAAAAGUCUUUUAGAGCUGCUCAGAAAUGAGCCGAAAAUUAAAAAAAAAGAUCAGAUAUCUUAAAAAUCAUAAAAUCUUGUCCAAACUUUUCCAUUUUUCUUCCUCUGUCAGCUCUUCGAGAAAAAGACCCAAAUUCUUAAAGGUGGACGAACGAUUGAAGGAGUUACCCAGCGAAGAACGGUCGAAAAUAGAACAGAGCGUCGGAAAAACGGAGCAUCGCGUCAAGCAAAUAUUCGACAACCUAUUUGGGUCUCCGAGAAAAGUUUACUGUAUGAAAAACUAUGUUUUCAGAAUAUUACGCGGCGAAGGAAUAGAUCGUACAGAUGUAGGCGAUUAUCAUGUGCCGAGCAUCCGAGAAAAGUUCAAGAAUGCCACUCCGAAGCUCAACCUGGACAGGUGAGUCAAAAAUUGGUUUUUUUUUGUGUCAUUUGACUGACUUUGUAUUUUUCCUGAAUGUUAGGAUCUUUGUACUUCUAUCCAAUAUUGCUCGAAAUUUUCCUUUUAACUGCUUGAAAUUUCGUUCCGAAUACUCAUAACCUUCUGCCGUGUUCAAUUUGAUUCCGCAAAAGACAAAAUGAUCUCUGACUCUCCAAAGUUUAGUGAUGUUUUCCUUUCUCUAACGAGUAUUUUGCAUUUCGCAGAAUCACUUUGAACACGGCAUUCCAUAUCCUUGACGAAAACCUUGGAAGAAGAUAUUGAAAUGGAAAAAAACCACCUAAUCACAAACUGUUUUUGAAAAAAAAAGAAAAUGUGCGAAGUGAUUCGUUCUUAGCAUAUCUAAUUUCAGUGUCAAGAGAAAAUUAAAUUAACGGUUUUUUUGAAUCUGUACUUCCAAAAAAGGCGGAUCCCUUUUCAGAGCGCAUGUGUGUGUGCACGAAACGACGCCCAAGUUCAAGACGGACCUCGUCGAGGAGGACGGCUGGUGUCAGGUCUACUCCAACGCGCGUCUUUGCGUCCAGAAGCCGGAUCCGGAAAGCCGAACGACGGUCCGCGUCGAGAAGUGCUGCGAGGGAUUCGACACCGAGGAUUUCGCCCAUUCCGGCUGCUCCAUCGGUUUGAUAUUCCCCACGUUUUGCAUUUAUUUAUUCGAGAAGUCCGGUUGAAAAAAACGCAUUUCUCUUACUAGCUGAACUGCUUGCAGAAGUUGAGCAGCGACUUUCUGAGCUUCUCGAGGUGAUGAACAAGACCGACGUUAGCGCCACCAACUCUACGAUCAUUAUGAAUGAAGAAACCGAGAAGGUAUCUUUUUUAAAGUUUCGUAAUAUUUUUGAAGAUAUUCAGCUUUUCGUUCUUCCUAAAAUAUCUGACAUCUACGAAUGGUCAGAUGGAGAGAUCCUGAAAACCAAAGAAGACGUUUCUUUCAAAGUCCGCGCCAGAAAGGCUGCCAACGGAGUGAUGGUAGGAACUCUAUUCACUCCUUUAUUUUCUAUUGUUUGAUUCCAGAACGUCUCUUUGAACUGCGCGCCGGUGAAGAAGUCCUGGAAAGCGAUCGACGGAAACGUUGUCGAGUUCGAGAACGAUCUGAAGCCGAUCGUCGCCGAUAGUUUGCUCAAUGUUCUGAAGGAGCCGAGGUUCUCAGUAUUUUCUUCUCGUGAGUCUGUCUUUCUUCAUUUUUCUGUACGGUGAGCUUCAUCAAUGAAAAAAAAAAGGAAAAAUGGAAAAUGGAAAAUGUAACGAUACUUAUUUUCAGGCUUUUUUUUAACUAAAAUGUCUGCAAUCAUUCAUUAUAUCUUCAGUGAUUGGCGAAAAGAUGCGGACAUACCUCGAGACGACAACUUCAGCCACUGUCUUCGCCUUCACCGACGACGUCUUCAAUAAAAUGCCUGAUGACGUCAAGAAUCAGAUUCGGGACACGUCGGACUGUCAGAACGGUAGUACACUUGGACUUCUUUUAUUGAUGGAUCUUGACGUGUUGCGGUUGCGCUGCGGCACAAGCUGUAAUUUGAAAUUUUACGCUUGACGUGUCGUUAGCAUCCCAGGGAUCUAAUCUUGAUUUAAGUUUGGAGUUUUCCUGAAGUUUAAUCUAGAAAUUUUCUGAUGAGCUGGUUGAAGGUUCCUGGGCAAGAUUCUAGUUUUGCGAACUCGAAUGAUCAAAAUUGCGAAGUAUUGGUUGUAGGCUUCUCUAAAACUACCAGUUUGCACAGGCAACGGCUAUUUAUAAUUCUAUCGUUUCCUUCUAACCAGGUGAGAAAGUAAAUCUGGAUAAAUCCAUAGAAGUUUCCAAAGUUCACACUUGAACGCGAGUCUUCCGUGUCAAUAUUUUCUCUGUCGGAAAGCUCAAGUCUUGAUAGGUUUGCAGCCGUUAGGUGUUGAGCCAUUCCAACUGCGACCAACUUUCUCAAUGUAUAUCUAAUCAUGGAAAUAAGAGAAUUUCAGAGCUGAUGGAGCAACAUUUUGUCGACGAGGCUCUGUGUUCCGCUGAUAUUCGAGGUGCAGUCAAGUCUCUCCGCAAGAAGAUGAUCCCAACCACGAUUUUGGUAAGACCUCGAGAGAAGCAGUCAAAAUCAUAAAAGACUAUUUACAGGACAACGGAACUAUCAGCGUCGGUGGCGCUAAAAUCGUGGAAGCCGAUCUUUUCACUGGAAACGGAGUUUUGCACCUGAUCGACGACGUCAUUCUUUUCGAAAAAGGUGUAGAUGAAAAUUCGAUUUUUCACUUCAAAUAUUUUUCAGCCACUCCAUGGCGCGUUAUGCUUCGAAAAUUCAACGAAGACUUGGCUGCAAAGCUGGAAAAAGUCGAAGUCCGACUUCCACUGACCGUUUUUGUGCCGAGGAAUGAGGCAAAUACUUUUAACAAAACUUCAUAAAGUUAUUUAUUUCUAGACCCCAUCGAGUGUGAAAAACUUGCUCGUUUCUGGUCAGAUGAUGACCGACUUCCAAGGCGUUUCCUUCCUUAAAACUGAUGCCGGGUCUACAGUAAGCCUCUUUUUUUCUUACUUCAUUUUAACUUUGUAUGGUCUGUACUUUAAAAAAUUUUUUACUCGACUCUUUAAAGUUGUUUCUGAAAACAGACUUCUUCAAACUUCUAAAUGUCCUGAAAGCCGAUCGUCGUAUUUUUUCCCUGAAGAAAAUACGCCUCAAGAGUUUCUAUACGGGUAUUUGGUUGAAAUAAUUGAACUUUGAAGCUCUAUUUUUCGUCAAAAAGGAGAAGUUCUAGGUUGAAAUUUUUCUCAAUAUUAAUUAAUUUAAUCAAAAACUGUUUGAAAACUGGGCUAAUUUUCGAUGAGAAGACUAUUGUAACUAGAUUUCUCAUUAGUCUAUUUCUAGAUUUUCGUGGAAAAUGGACCCACAGUGAGUCGUUUACUGGCGUCGACUGGAAACACGAAGGUGAGCCCAAACGUGAGGAUCGGCUGCUCCAGAAUCGUUGCUCCUGCUAUUCCGACCUGCCAGGCCAUGCUUCACUUUGUCGAUAAGGUAUUUGAAUCAGUAAAUCAUGAAAUAUCCAAUUUCCAACCUGAUCCGUUCACGAAAACUAUUUUUUUUGGAAUGUUUUAACUUUUGGCUUGAAAGCUUUGACAUUUUUGGUGAUAAUUGCAUUUCGAAAAUUUAAUUCAAUGUCAAAUAAGUGUAACUUAAUGAUAAAAGAAGCUUCUUCUGAACCAAAAGGAACCAUUUUUUGGGUUUUUCUCAAUACUUUUCUGCUACCCAAAAGGAGACUCACAGUUUUUCUUUCAAAUCCAAUACUUUAGCCUCUCGCCGAAACCGAAGGAACUGUGGAGCAAUUCCUGGCGAGCACUCCUGACCUUUCCAAAUUCCACAGGCAUGAUUUCAAAAACUACUUUUGAAAGAACUAAAGUAUUAUAGCCUCUGGAAGCAAGCCAAUCUGUCGAAAUUGUUCGAUGAAGAAGAGACGCCUCUUCUGACUGUGUUUGCCCCUUCGGACGACGCUUUCUCCAACAAUUUCUUUGCGAAACUUGAGCGCGACGUCUCCAAGGCUGAAGACUUUGUGAAGCGUCACGUCAUCAGAAGUUGGUGUCCAUAUUCAACCUUUUUCGAAACGAAUCUGUUCAGAAGUUCUUUGCGGAGAUGAUUUGAAGGUCCUUAGAGAUGACUUCACGCGAGUGACGUCAUUGGAUGAUUCUACUCUGACGUCAUCUACUAAUGAAGAUAACCAGCCGACGAUAAAUGGAGCUGUCGUGGCGGUGAGAUUUGCAUAGAGCAUUAAGAAAACUCGGACCUUGGUAACGGAAACCGAGCGUAUUUGAGCAAGUCUAGGGAUCACUUAAGAGAGCUGACGGCACUAAAGUGGCCACUAGAAAAGCUCCAACACGUCCGAAUCGCAUCCGGUUCGCGUUACCGAGGUCCGAGAAUGAAAACUAAAAUCUUUUUUAAAUUCAAUUCAGGAGUUUUUUUCAAAAAGAAUAAAUUUUGAAAAAUUGUGUAGUUUAUGGAAACCCUUUACUGGCUACUUUUGAACUUUUUCCGCGGCUCAAUAUUUAGUUUGAGAUGGUUAUCUCACAAAAUGGAUUCAUUCCGUUGCAGAAGCCGGAGAAAGUGUGUUCCGACGGCGUCGUGCACAUUCUGGAGUCGCCGAUGACGUCAGCCGUCAAGCCGAAGCCUUACCGGCCGAGGCCUUUCAGUCGUCCCUACUCCAGACGCGUUCACUACGAAACCAACCGCGAUUUCUUGCCCUUGGAAGUUUUGAACAUCAUUCCCUCAAUUCUGGGUUGA